CUGAGUUCUGGAGUAGAAUAGACGCGAUAAAAACGAGAGCCUAGUUUCACAUCCAUAAGCAUCGCAUCUACCAACGACGAAAACAUCUCUCUUCAAAACCACUUACACGCAUCACUCUCACCCGCGCCAAUGCAUUACAGCCCAGCAACUCUCCUCCUCUUGGGAGCAGUUGCCUCCACCGUUCAAGCUCAAGCCGGCAACGACAACAAGCCGGUGCCCAAAUCAGGUCUCCAGGAAUCAUGGGCAUCACCAGCCAAAGAAACCGUCACCGCCGAACAUGAUGGUGAACAGCAGCUUGCCCUGGGAUGGUCUCCAAAGCCGACACAGGCGCCCAAGCCUUUGCUGGGCCGCAUGAUGAUUCCUCGAGCAGAUGAUUUCACGAUUGGACCGCAGACCUGCGGGUUCGUUCCUGGGACUACUGGCAACUCAUUCACUUGCAUAUCGGUUGGAUAUACAUGCACGCCGCAAGCCGGCUUCGUCGGAUGCUGCGAGCCCAACAGCUCAUGCAGUCUCAUCAAGACGACGUGUAUCGACUACAAGGCGUCCCUGGCCGGCGGUUGCAACCUCCCCUCGGACUAUCACUCUCUCUGCUGUGGCACAUCCGCAAAAGGCUCCUGCUACACCUGGGUCGUCUCUACAUCCGCAUCGAGCGACUCCUCGGCUAGUCUGUAUACCCUCUUCGAUUGCUCUCCUCAGGCCGGCAGAGGCACGCUCCUGACUGUCGAUCCGGGCUGGUCGUUGACACACAGCUUCGGCUCCACGACGACGACGACCUCUGCAGCGACCUCCACGACGACAUCGACAACCCCUACCCCCGAGCCCACCAAGGGCAGCAGCACCAACGUAGGCGCCAUCGCCGGAGGCACAGUCGGAGGCGUCGCAGCCCUCGGCCUCGUUGGCCUGGCCAUUUUCCUCUUCAUGCGCCGUUACCACCCGCGCAAUGCUCCUCCCAACGCCACCCUGGGCCCGGCCCCUCAAGGACAGAACCCGCCUGCUGGGCCGGUCUAUCCCUCGGGCGUGCCGGCUGGAUAUGCCGGCGGAUAUGCGCCCGUGCCGAUGCAGUCGCCGCCGCAGGGCUACGAUCCUCACAUGAGCCAGUACGGCCAGCAAGGUGUCUAUCCGCAGCAGUACCAGGGACAGUAUCCUCAGCAGCAGUACAACUAUCCCGUCCAGACGAGCACGUCGCCAGUCUACACGACUCCUUCUCCCGGCGCGUUCAAGGAGGGCGAUAUGUCUCCUCAGCAGCAGGCGCCCCCGACUGAACUGGCUGCGGUAAACCCUGUUGGAGCAGAGAACAACAGAGCGGAGCUGGGUACAGGUAAUUAGAUGCGGAUUUCCGGGUUUGAGGUAGAUUGAGCGUUAUUUUCCUGGUAUGGGUGGGAAUGUGCAAGCCAAUGUCAGUCAGUCUUUUUUUUUCAGCUGAGCUCUUGGAUGAACGUGGUUUGAGAUGAAAUAAUGAAACGGUUCGGGACAUAAUGAGGGACAAUGCUUUCAGAAUGGGUCUGUUUUCUUUUGCUAUCCUUUCUGAAGCAUAGGGUAUAUAAUUAUGAUAUCUCCAUACAUGUAAAUCAAUAUUACGAAUAAAUCC